GAAACGCCGCCUGUCCUUUUCCGUUCCGCUCGGCUGCACUCGGCCGGCCGUCCGUCCGUGGAACCAACCAACCGCGCUGCGCCGUCGAUGGACUGUACCGUCCGAGCCCGCGUCAGGAGCCCGUCGCCGGCCGUCUCCCGCUUCUCCGGAGAGGGGCGGCGCCGCCAGGCGUCCAGGGUCUCCUUCCGGCGCAUGGCGUCCGCGACUCCAGUGGAGGAGCCCGCGGCGGCGGCGGUGGCUGAGGCGGAGCCGCGGCCGAGCGGCGCCUCUUUCAUCCGCCACCACCUCAGGAGCCUCGCCGCGUACCAGCCCAUCCUGCCCUUCGAGGUGCUAUCUGCUCGGCUGGGGCGUAAACCAGAGGAUAUAAUCAAGCUGGACGCCAAUGAAAAUCCAUAUGGUCCACCACCGGAGGUAGCUGCAGCAUUAGGAAAUUUAAAGUUCCCUUAUGUCUACCCUGAUCCUGAAAGCCGCCAUUUGCGUGCUGCUCUCGCUGAAGAUUCUGGGCUUGAAACUGAGCACAUACUUGUUGGAUGCGGUGCCGAUGAGCUAAUUGAUUUGAUUAUGAGAUGUGUACUUGAACCAGGCGACAAAAUUGUAGAUUGCCCUCCAACUUUUACCAUGUAUGAGUUUGAUGCUUCAGUCAAUGCUGCACUUGUUAUCAAAGUCCCAAGACUUCCUGAUUUCUCCCUAGACAUCGCAAACAUUGUCAAAAUGGUUGAACAGGAGAAGCCAAAAUGCAUAUUUUUGACAUCUCCUAACAACCCAGAUGGCAGUGUAAUCAAUGAUGAGGAUCUUUUAAAGAUCCUUGACCUUCCGGUACUUGUAGUGCUGGAUGAAGCAUAUGUUGAGUUUUCGAGCCUUCAAUCAAGGAUGACAUGGGUUAAGAAGCAUGAUAAUUUGAUUGUUCUCCGAACAUUCAGCAAACGAGCAGGUUUAGCUGGGCUUCGUGUGGGUUAUGGAGCAUUUCCUCUAAGCAUUAUUGAGUACUUAUGGCGGGCCAAGCAGCCUUAUAAUGUUUCUGUGGCAGCAGAAGUCUCUGCAUGUGCUGCCUUGCAGAACCCAGUCUAUUUGGAGAGCGUGAAAAAUCUGCUACUACAAGAGAGGGAGAGGCUGUAUAAUCUUCUCAAAGGAAUACCUUACCUGAAACCAUUUCCCAGUCAUGCUAACUUCAUUCUGUGUGAAGUCACGUCAGGAAAAGAUGCAAAGAAAAUAAAGGAGGAUCUUGCAAAGAUGGGAGUGAUGAUUCGCCACUACGACAAGAAGGAACUGAAGGGUUAUAUUCGUAUUUCAGUUGGAAAGCCUGAGCACACUGAUGCACUAAUGGAAGGCUUCAAAGCACUCAAACUUUGAGAAUUUGCCACGAUUUACUUUGAUGGAAGCAGUGAAGAGCUUAUUGAGUAUGUGUCUACCCAUUACUAGGCUUGUAGUACACUGGAUGCAGUCUAUCAAGUAGACACUGCUUCCCUCCAACAUCGGUAAAGUGCAUUCUUCAGAUUUCAAGCCAACCAGGGUCAGUUAGUUUUCAAUAAAAUAUCUAUGUUUAGCUAGUGCUGUAGUCCAAACCAUUUAGCCAUAAACUCUGUUUCAGCAAAGUUACUGUGCAGAGCAAGACUUUUUUGUAGAGGUUGAGUUCCUGAAUGAUGUUGCUUCUUUCUGUCUUGGCAUACAUAUAUACUUGCUUGUUUGGUUGCUCA